AUGGGUUACCUACCAGACUCAUUUCACUAUUACAUCGAAACCGCCCUCGUCGCCCUCCUCGUAUGGGUCGUAAUAAGGAAUCGAUCGAAAAGACAACAAGAGAAAUUGUCAAAGAAAUUGACGGAACGACAGAAAGAUGAACUUAUUGCCGAUUGGCAUCCAGAGCCAUUGGUACCAGAGACACCACAGGAUCAUCCGGUCUUGAAUCCCAAAUAUGCUGAUGGAAAAAUGACAAAAGAGGUGACGAUCGACGGCGAGACGUAUCUGAAUAUGGCAUCCACCAAUUUCCUCAGCUUCAUCGGUGUCAAACGAAUCGAGGAACGCGCGAAACAGACGAUUUUCAAAUAUGGAGUCGGAUCGUGUGGACCACGUGGAUUCUACGGAACCGUCGAUGUUCAUCUCGAUUUGGAGAAAGAAUUGGCGAAAUUCAUGGGCUGCGAAGAGGCGGUUCUCUACAGUUACGGAUUCGCUACCGUAUCCUCGGCGAUUCCCGCUUAUGCGAAAAAAGGCGACGUGAUUUUCGUCGAUGAAGGCGUCAAUUUCGCGAUUCAAAAGGGUCUCCAAGCGUCGAGAAGUCGAGUGGAAUACUUCAAACAUAAUGAUAUGGAAGAUUUGGAGAGAUUGUUGUUGGAACAGGAGCAGAGAGAUAAGAAAGACCCGAAAAAAGCGAAAUCCGUUCGCCGCUUCAUCGUCGUCGAGGGUCUCUACGUAAACCACGCCGAUCUGUGCCCACUUCCAAAAAUAAUCGAAUUCAAAUGGCGCUACAAAGUCCGCGUGUUCAUCGAUGAGAGUUGGUCGUUCGGAGUGAUUGGAAAGACUGGAAGAGCACAAAAACGCGUUCAAAUCCACCGGCACAAUAUUCGUCGUCUCAAUCGUCGACAAAUUCUUGUGAUCCUUAAACCAUCGACUCGAAAAGUCCCAUCCGCUCUCCGCCGCACUUCCGAUAUCCUUGAAAAACUGUCGUUUUCUGGAUUUGGUGGAAAAGUGCUCAGCGCUCAGUACGUCUUCUCUGAAACUCUCAGGACGAGGAGUUUCAGCCUCGGUGUGAUACUGAAACAUAUGGACGGUCUCAUUGAGCUCAGACGCUAUCAACCCCUUGACGAUCCAAUAGGCGUCCCAAUAGUAGAAUUCACGGAAUCGCCCACCGGGCAGAAUGAAUUGAUGUGGGACGUAGAUCAAAGAGAACCGAGACGGGUCCUCCUUGACUUCUGGCUUCAUUUGACGGCAAAGUUGAAUCCAGAUGAAGUGGAGACGUUGGGCGAACGCCUGGUAAUGGCCGUCCUGGAUUUGGGUGAGCUUCUCGGUGAUGGGCUUCCAGUCGGGCAAGUUGCAGCUGGAAAAUUGACAUAUUCCGGUUGA